GUUUCAAGAUUCCUGCAUUUUUAUAGAUGCCCCUGAUAAUAAUGAUUGUUCUCAGAAGUAAUGUAACAAUUUGCCUCUCAGACAGGCUUAUCUGUAUAUCCAUUUAGGGCAGUGAUGUUACUGUGGCCAAACAAGUUGCCAGCCAGGAUGACACCUCUUAUCAGAGGAAGUGCAAAUAAUCAGGGAAAGAAAAUGUCUUAUUCAAAGUUCUUAAUCACAUGUAUUCAGUGUUGCAUAUUAUGUGUAAUUUAAUUUUAGGAAAGGGCCCAACGAGCCCAACAGAAGCGACGCGAGGCAUGUUGUCUGUUAACCAGUGUAAUCACAGAGGAUCAGGGCAUGCUGCAACACCUUAAAGCAACAGUACACGCCCUCGGAGCUGUUCACUCCAUCUCCCUGGACAAAGCCAAGGAGAUGUACAUGCGUGGCACAGAGUUUGACUCAAGUGAGAUAACCCAGCUUGGGGAACAGCUUCAGAGCCACAGUUCCUCAAAAGCGAGGCAGAAACUGGAUAGCUUCCUGAGCAAUUACAAGAAAGCCUUGGAGUGUGAGGAAUUCCUCAGGCGCCUGUAAUCCCUGGGUAGUGAAUGUGUCUGCUGGAUAGUCUGUUGUGUAUAAAAUAAAGAAAAUAUAUCAUU